UAAUCAGUUCAUUUGAUUUAAAAACAUGUUUAGUUAUUUCACUAUUUCAUUAAUUAGUUGUUCCUGUGCUGUGGCAAAUUGCACACAGAGUUCAUCAGCAUAAACAGUUUUUUUGGAAGUACUCGGAUGGAAAGUUCCUGCAGGUGGUGUGUCUCCCUCUGGUGGCAGAAAGAUUGGACUGCAGGUUCAUCACCACCUGCAUGUAGACAGUGAACCGUCGCCUCUCCGGAUCCGCGCGUUUGAGCUAUAAAUAAACUCAUUCAAUGAGCUGCAGCCUCACAGCUGAGAGGAAAUGUGUCCCAACAAAGUUCAACAGAUCCUUGAGAUGACCUCAAAUAAAUGGAAAAGCUCUGGAUCACUUACAGAGAAGCCUUUCCAUGUUAUUACCAAGGUGAAUAAGAGUCAGUGACCUGAACGUACUCACCGGCACCAAGGCUGCACACUUUUUUACUUUCUAGGAACAAAAUACUGAAAAUAUCUCCACGGGAACCCCCACAGUGACUGAGUAAAUGUCUCAGACCUGAACUACUGGGUAUAUUAAUGUAAUACGUUUGAUAAAAUCCAAGAUGUUAAUACACAUUCAUGGAAUUUUCCUCCAUAAAAUCUCUUAUGCAAUCAUAUAUUACAAAGCACGAACCCGAGGCUGCUGCCAUAAAGACUUCUGCCUGCUAGAUACAACAUGCCUGAUUCCUUCAGCUCUGUCACUGCCUCAGGGGAGAACUUCACAACAGCAUUUGCAUGUAACACUAACUCAACCUUUUCACUUGUGACUGACAGAAGCCAUAGUUUUCCCUCUUUAUUCGAGUACCGGGUCACAAAAUCCACAGAAACGGAUCCGCAGCAGCACGCCUCGCUUCCAUGUUGUGACAACAGCAGCUUGCAUUAAUGCUUAAACCUGCCCCGCGUAGGUGUGCUCCAGGUAUGAGUGCACACCGUGUGGGACCCACCCGCCCUGCCCUGAGGAUCACAGGAGAUGGUUUUAGGUCUUUGAGGGAGCAGGCGAGACACGGAUGAACAUGAGGAGGUUUUUCCGAGCACACCGGGACGAGGACUACAGUCAGAUCCAGUAUCUGACGGCCAAGUGCACCCGCCUGGCUCAUGACAAAGUGUUGGACAGAGAGUUUCUGGUGUCCCGAGAGAGGGAGAGGAGGCUGCAGAAUGACCUGGAAGCUGCGACCGCCCGACUCCUCCAGCAGGAGCAGCUGAACGUGGAGCUCAGGGUGAACCAGACCCAACUCAUCAGCAGGAUCCAGCAGCAGCAGGACCUGGUGGACCUGCUGCGGCAGCGCGUGGUCCUGCUGGCGGAGGUGAGCUCCCGGGAUGCAGAGCUGCUGCGGCAGGUCAGCGCGGAGCUGCUUUGUCUGCAGAACUCUGAGGUGAAGCUGGAGGGCCUGGUGGAGGAGCUGCACGCCGAGGCCCAGCACAGAACUGAAGCGGCAGAAACUCGGCAGGUAGAGCUGCACGCCGAGGCCCAGAGCAGAGCUGCGCUCACUGAGAGCCUCCACGCAGAGCUGCGCAGUAAGAUGCUGGAGCUGGAGAAGCUAGAAGAAGCCAACAGGACCCUGACGGAGGAGCUGAGAGAUCUCCGCAGAACUCAUCAUGAUGAGGUGAGAGAACUGCAGCAGGAAAACGAGGGAAGUCUGAGGAAACUGCAGGAGACGGCAGAGCAGUUCGAGUGGCUCUGUCAGCAGCAGCGUUACUGGAUGUCUUGUGUGAAGAGGUUCAAAGACUGCCUCUUGGAGGAGAGAGAAGAUCUGCUGCGACAGGUCAGCAUGCUGGAAAAGAAGGCUGAGAAACUCAAGAAGAGUUCAUAUGAUGGCAGUUCAACGCAGAGCCUCGUCUGCCCCCUACAGGACACAGAGAGCCGUGACAGCAGUGUAACAUUGUGGGAAGGAGAUGCAGUGACCAACCUGGAGUCUCAGGUGGAGAAGUCAAAUGUGUUGUAUGAAGAGCUCUUUGACCAGGCAGGGAGCCCUAUCAACGGAUACCAAAAACCUCCAUGAGGACAGAAGCCUGGAUGCCUUAGCUUUCUUUUCUCACCAUCUGCAAACCAGGAGAUGCAAUAUUUUAUGGUGUUUGUGGUCAGCGUACCUUCCAGUCAUUGUUUUGAAAAAGCAAACACUCUUGGAAAAACAUACCCGUGAAACCGCACAUUCAUUGUUUUGUUUCCACUAUUGUUCCCCGUGAUAUACGACUGAAUUAGAAUACAAUGUGCUCCUGUCCUGCUUUUGGUGUCACACAUGCACAUCACAUGUGCUUCAAGUCUGUCUGGUCACAUUUUUGAGUAAUUGUGCAUUGUUCAAACCUUGUAAUCAACACCACUAACAAGAGCGAAGCACCUGAGAAUGUUCCCUUUUGUUGUUUUGCCAACGAACUGCAGAAAAAACCCAGCAGCUGGCGUGCAGAGGAAGCAACAAAUGUGUUCUUUCCACCAAAAUGAAGCUCUACUGAUUAUCCCCCCACUGGUCCCGCUUGAUGAUCGGAUCUCUUCGUUCAUCAGAUGGCAUGUGGCUCAGAUUAGUCACGAUGGCUCAGGCGCUUCAUCGUAUGUGAACCAUUUGAUACACACAUAAUGUAAAGGCAGUUUACACAUGAUGAGCCAAGACAUUUAGAGUAUGCAUUCUGUCACACCACAAACGUUAACUGUGCAUUCACACUUCGGUGACUGAGCGAGUUGUUGCAAUCAGCAGGAAGAGCUUACAGUUUAUACAGGUUUAUGAUAUUUUUCUUCACAGUUUGUUCAGGAAGAUAAUCUCCAGAAAUGGACUCCACGUUCCACUUCAAGUGUAAAUGCAGCUGCAUGAAGUAAAACAUUAACAUUA